CACGCUCUUUACCAACGAAGAACCUCCCUCUGUAUAUAGAAGAUUUCUCUCAUCUCCCUGGCAAGCUGUGUCCUCUCUCAGCUUUGCACUUCUUGGAUCCAAUUCCUCUUUAUGAAACCCACUACGAGCUCUCCUCCCUUCCUUUUCCUCUCCCUUCUCCUUCUUUCUCUGCUCCUCCUUCCCCCCAGUCCUCAAUUUGUCCGAUUCGCCAACGGCACCAAGCGACGAGUCCACAUCCCUGACGAUUUGGACGACGUCAUCGACGACGAAGAGGACGAUAUCUGGAGACAAUGGGGCAAGAAAUCCACACCCUCUUCCGAGUUCGAUCUCCCGCCGCCCGAUGGUUUCUCCAACAUGGACAUCUCCCAGAUCCAAGCUGAGAUGGCCAAGCGACACUCGGGUCCCGCUAUCGGAUUCGUUAAGCUCCGGCUGGGGGUUCAACGGACUCCGGAAACAGUGGGCAACAUUGCAAAGAAAUGGACUGAAAUGAUGAGAAGUGGAGCUGUUGGCGCAAGGUUCAUGGGUGUUGAUCUGAGCACAGUCAUGUUCAACAUGGAGUCUGGCAAAGACCUUGAAGAAUUGAAGGAAUUUAUCUUGGACGAACCAGAGGCAUAUGAGAUGAAGAUUGGGGAUCAAGUUUUUCGAAGGCCUGGAGAUCCUCCUCUAGAUGAGGUGCUUAAAAGUGAGGAAAACAAAGCAGAUGACGCUGAUUCUCGGGAAAGUGAUGCACAAAUAAAAGAGGACUUGUAGUUAAGCGCUUCACUCCAUGACACUUCACUCGACCUUCUGUCGGUCAGAACUCUCUGUGAGCAGCGCUUUUUGUGAUACCGACCUUUCAAUGAAAGCACCAAUGUAACGAGCACAAGUUUAGAGGGAGAGUCCAUCCAAAAAGACUAAUUUGGUGGGAGAGUUCUUCACACGUAUAAGCCCUACAUCACCCAUGAGACUCCCGGAUGUUAGACUUGUAACAAAGCAACAAUCACUGUGUAGACUUAUCAACUUCAAUAGUUUAUCAAGUUUUUUUUUUGGGCUGACAUUAGGAGGAUUUGAGCUUUAUAUCUUUACUCACAUUUCACCGCCUUAUUUUUAAUA